CAACGAUGUCGUUCAUGGCCUUGAAGUCAUGCACUUGCCAUGGAAGACGUCUGAUAUAAGUUACCACCCAUACGCCAUAACUCCAUGCUCCCUCGUCGCUCCUACCAUCAGUCUCUCUUUGCUUAUAGAGAAAAACCAGAGGAACAGAGUGCGCCGAAAUUCCAAAGUAUGGAGCAGUUCAUUGGCCAACCUCGGCUCCCGAAAUUCGCUGUCCCGAAACGCUACCACUUACGACUCAAACCGGACCUCACCGCCUGCAAAUUCGACGGCUCCGUCUCCAUCUACCUUGACAUCGUCGGCCAUACCCACUACAUCGUCCUCAAUGCCGCCGAACUUUCCGUCUAUCCCGGCUCCGUGUCGUUCACCAACCAAAACGUUUCCAAGCUGUUGGAGCCUUCAGCAAUUAAUUUGGUUGAAGUCGACGAGAUUUUGGUUUUGGAGUUCUCUGAGACCCUCCCGAUUGGGAUCGGGAUUUUGAGUAUCAUGUUUGAAGGAACUUUGAGCGACAAAAUGAAGGGGUUCUAUAAAAGUACAUAUGAGCAUAAUGGCGAGAAGAAGAAUAUGGCUGUUACACAGUUUGAACCAGCUGAUGCUAGGCGAUGCUUUCCGUGCUGGGAUGAACCUGCUUUCAAGGCUACAUUCAAAAUCACAUUGGAUGUGCCAUCUGAACUGGUAGCACUUUCGAACAUGCCAAUUAUUGAAGAAAAAGUGGAUGGGCAUCUGAAGGAAGUUUCAUAUCAAGAAUCACCACUAAUGUCUACCUAUUUGGUGGCAGUUGUUGUUGGUUUUUUCGAUUAUGUGGAAGAUCAUACUUCUGAUGGGGUCGUAGUUCGAGUAUACUGUCAGGUUGGUAAGGCAAAUCAAGGGAAAUUUGCAUUGAAUGUUGCUGUCAGGACACUCGAAUAUUACAAAGAAUACUUUUCUGUACCUUACUCUCUUCCUAAAUUGGAUAUGGUUGCAAUCCCUGACUUUGCUGCUGGGGCAAUGGAGAAUUAUGGUUUAGUUACAUACCGAGAAACAGCUUUGCUCUACGAUGAUCAGCAUUCUGCAGCUGCCAAUAAGCAGAGGGUCACAAUUGUUGUAGCCCAUGAACUGGCACACCAGUGGUUUGGCAAUCUUGUAACGAUGGAAUGGUGGACUCAUUUGUGGCUGAAUGAGGGGUUCGCGACAUGGGUUAGCUAUUUAGCAACUGAUAGCUUGUUCCCAGAAUGGAAAAUAUGGACUCAGUUUCUUGAUGAAUCGACUGAAGGCCUUAGGUUGGAUGGGCUUGCAGAAUCCCAUCCCAUUGAGGUGGAGAUAAAUCAUGCUAGUGAGAUAGAUGAAAUUUUUGAUGCAAUAAGUUACAGAAAAGGUGCAUCUGUUAUUCGGAUGCUGCAAAGCUAUCUUGGCGCUGAAUGCUUCCAGAGGUCGCUUGCUUCAUAUAUAGAAAGAUUUGCAUGCUUCAAUGCAAUGACAGAAGAUUUGUGGGCUGCCCUUGAGGAGGGAUCUGGUGAGCCUGUUAACACGUUAAUGAAUUCAUGGACAAAGCAAAAAGGAUACCCAGUUGUCUCUAUCAGAGUCAAAGAUCAGAAAUUGAUGUUUGAGCAGUCUCAAUUUUUGUCAAGUGGCUCCUAUGGGGAUGGACAAUGGAUUGUCCCAAUAACAUUGUGCUGUGGCUCAUACGAAGUGCACAAGAGUUUUCUACUACAAACAAAGUCUAGAACUCUUCAUAUCGAGGAAUUCUUGAGUGAUAAAAGUGAUGCAGUCUCAGCUUGGAUAAAACUUAAUGUGGAUCAGACUGGUUUCUAUAGGGUGAAAUAUGAUGAUAACCUUGCGGCUAGACUCAGAUAUGCAAUAGAGAACAAAUACUUCACUGCAACAGACAGAUUUGGCAUUCUGGAUGAUUCAUUUGCCCUUUGUAUGGCUCGCCAGCAAUCUUUGACCUCGUUGCUUACCUUGAUGGGUGCUUACAGGGAGGAACUUGAUUAUACAGUGCUGUCUAAUUUGAUUAGCAUAAGUUAUAAGGUUGCAAGAACUGUGGCUGAUGCAGUCCCUGACUUACUGGACUACAUUAAUCGAUUUUUUAUUCGCCUUUUCCUCUAUUCUUCAGAUAAGCUUGGUUGGGAGCCUAAGCAAGGCGAGAGCCAUCUAGAUGCAAUGUUGAGAGGAGAGAUUUUGACUGCCCUUGCUAUGUUUGGACAUGAUCUGACACUAAAUGAAGCAAGUAGGCGUUUUCAUUCAUUCCUAGAUGAUAGAAGUACGCCACUCCUCCCUCCUGACAUAAGAAAGGCAGCAUAUGUGGCUGUUAUGCGAAGAGUCAGCACCUUUAACAGAUUGGGUUGCGAAUCUCUUCUCAGAGUGUACCGGGAGACUGAUUUGAGCCAGGAGAAAAUGCGCAUUCUAAGUUCAUUGGCAUCUUCUCCAGAUCCCAGCAUAAUUCUUGAAGUUCUCAACUUUUUGUUGUCUUCUGAGGUUCGUAGCCAAGAUGCUGUUUUUGGACUCACUGUUAGUAGGGAAGGACGUGAAAUGGCUUGGAAGUGGCUGAAGGAUAACUGGGAGCAUAUUUCCCAAACCUGGGGUUCCGGAUUUCUACUAACUCGUUUUGUCAGUGCUAUUGUCUCACCAUUUGCUUCAUUUGAGAAGGCCAAAGAAAUAGAGGAGUUUUUUGCAAGCCGAAAUAAGCCGACAAUUGCUAGAACUUUGAAGCAGAGCAUUGAAAGAGUUGAGAUUAAUGCAAAUUGGGUGGAGAGUGUUCAGAAUGAGGAACAUCUGGCUGAUGUUGUGAUGGAACUGGCGCACAGGUAGAAAAAAUAGUAGGAGACGUAUGCUUGGCCUUUGUUCUCAACCAGGCAAGCCGAUCAAAUUUCACUGCUCUCAUAGCUUAAAAUCUGCCAGAACAGGGGUGGGCAAUAAUGAAUCAGGACAUCAGCAAACAUUAGUCUAUUAAAGAUGGGUUGGGUUUGUUUCCAAUAAUGGCUUUUGCCUUUUUAUUUUCCUUGCUUUUGUUUGUUUCUUGCAUGGAUGAAAGGGUGCUCCUCCCUCCUGUUUUUUAUCCUGAAUUUUAUCAUCUUUACUGAA